UAACAGCGCCACGUAGUGUUUAAAAACGUCAUUCAUCACACAGGUGUUAACGUAGUGUUGUCUUCAAGAACCAGUGUUGCAAGUUAAACAGUAGAACAGUCGUGGUUUUAUUCUGAAUCUGUAGAACUUACUUAAAUCAAUCAGAAGUUUUCCUAUGGCGUCCGCUAAUUUAUGUGAUCCUUGCUCUGCAGCUAAUAAGUCAUUAACAGCAACAAAGUAUUGCUCCGACUGUGAAGAAAGACUUUGUACAGACUGUGCGGAAUCACAUCGCCGAUUCAAAGCAUUCAAAUCUCACCAUGUUAUCGACCUGUCGUCCAUCGGAUCAAAUAAACUUAUAUCUGCGAAGAAAAACUGCCACGUCCAUUCAGAUAUGCUUUGGGAUUAUUACUGCACAGAUCAUGAGAUCGUAUGCUGUAGAGCCUGUAUUUCUAAUGAACACAGGGUUUGUCAGAACGUUCUUCCAUUGGAACUUGCCUCGAGGGAUGUUAAAAAGUGUGCACUUUUUAACGAUGUUUUAGAAGACAUAAACCAUCUGAUCACAACAUUGAAUGACUUAAACGAUAACAGACAGUCAAACUUACAAUCAUUAGAGAAAUCUAAAUCAACAGUCACUAAGCGGAUCCGAGCAGUAAAAUCCAAAUUGUUGAAACAAAUUGACGAGUUGGAGCGUGAACUUACUGUCAGUUUUUCAUCUCUCCAACGAAAACAUGAAAUGGAAAUAAACAGAAAAAAACAUGAAAUAUCACAAGUCCUGGUCAACGUAAUAGAAAAUAAAAAAGAAAUGGAUUUCUUGAGAGAUCAUGGAUCAAAUAAUCACUUAUUUAUAUUCUUGCGACAACAGGUAACAAAUAUUCAUAGCGCCGAGGCGAAAAUUCAGCAGAUGGUAUCCUCUUCACAAGAAAUCGAAAUUACCUUUGAUGAACAGAAAGUGGCAAAGAUUGAGUCUUUAGGGUCACUGUUAGAGUUUACUCAACCAUGUCAAGUUCAAUACAAACCAAAGAAAUUUCAACAGGCACAGAUGAAGGCAGAACGAAUGAAACGCAUUGUUGGGUUUGAGAAGGACAUAGAAUUAAAACUUAAAACUGGCGUUGUAUAUAAUCUUUUAUGUGUAUCAGUGACAGAUAAUGAUAUGCUGCUCAUGACUAAUUACUCAUCAUCCGAUUCGAAACUUUUUGUUUACAGAGACUGUAAAGAUUUUGAGACUGAAAUAACAUUUUCCUCUAAACCUAGAUUAGUAGGUGUGAUACCAGGUACAGGCAGAGCUGUUGUUACACUUACAAACGAAAAGUCUAUUCAGUUUAUAAAUACGACAACGAUGACAAAGGGCGACAAAGUUAACGUUGGAUUUACAUGUUAUGGUAUCACUGCUGGACGGGACAGAAUUUAUGUUGGUGGUAAAAACGGUACUAUCAAAAUAUUAGACACCAAUGGGACAAUACUUAAAACAAUGCAACAAGGAUCUGAUUAUAUUUACUUUAUGGUAUACAGUGAUUUACAUGAUCAUUUGAUUGUUAGAAUUUCUGGUAAACUCUUUUGUGUCAAAUUAGAUGGAACACAAGUAUAUAGUAUGAACGUUUCAGGAACAACAGGGAUAACACGCGAUCGACAGGGGAACAUUUAUUUCGGUGGUAAUGACACCAACAACAUACAGAGAAUAUCAUCAGAUGGAAACAACUGUGUAAAAAUGCUGAACAAAGACAAUGGCAUUAAACGUCCGUAUGGAAUGUGUUUUAACAAUGACUUCACAAAACUGUUUGUUAUUAAUAACGAAGGCAAGGCCUUAUAUGUAUACAAAUGCAAGUAAAUAUACAUGUGAAACAACAUAAAUAGUUCAAAUUAGAUUUUUAUAUCAAAAUAUUACUUAUAUAUAUACAAAAGUGCAUAGCUUUUAGUUUUUACUGUGGAAGUUUCUAAUUUUUUUUAUAUAAAGAAGGACUAUUA